AUGAAGCGGACCACGUCGAAGCUGCCUCUGCUCGCGGCCUUGCUCGCCGCCGUCCUCCUGCUCCUGCCCCCGGCCACCGCGGCCGCCGGAGCCAAGGCCAUCGACGCCAGCAACCCCCAGCGCCUGGAGCUGCCGGACACGCUGGCGAUCGGCCCCGAGAGCGUCGCGUUCGACGGCCACGGCGCCGGGCCGUACGUUAGCGUCUCCGACGGCCGCAUCCUCAAGUACGGCGGCGAGGGCGUCGGCUGGAAGACGUUCGCGUACAGCCCGAGCUACACUAAGAACAAAUGCGACGACUUCUCCGACCUCCCACCGGUCGCAACGGAGAGCUCGUGUGGCCGACCGCUCGGCUUGAGGUUUCAUGCUGACUCCGGGAACCUCUACAUCGCUGACGCCUACAUGGGUCUGAUGCGUGUCGGGCCAAACGGCGGGGAGGCGACGGUGCUGGCGACGGAGGCAGGUGGUGCGCCGCUGCGCUUCACAAACGGCGUCGACAUCGACCAAGUCACUGGUGAUGUCUACUUUACCGACAGUAGCAAGACGUAUACACGAGCGCAACAUCAGAUGGUCACUACGACAGGAGACUCAACCGGACGCAUCAUGAAAUACGACCCACGGACUAAUCAAGUCACCGUGCUUCUGUCCGACGUGACGUACCCUAACGGUAUUGCCGUCAGUGCCGAUAGGACCCACCUUAUCGUCGCGCUUACUGGACCAUGCAAGCUAAUGAGGUAUUGGAUCCGAGGACCUAAGGCCAACACAUCUGAGCCAUUCAGUGACUUGCCAGGAUACCCGGACAAUGUGAGACCAGAUGGGAAGGGAGGGUACUGGGUGGCGUUGCAUCGGGAGAAGUUGGAACUUCCAUUUGGUUUGGAUAGACACUUGCUUGCCAUUAGGAUUGGCGCUGAAGGUGAAAAGCUGCAAGAGAUGAAGGGACAUAAGAAUGUGAGACCGACUGAGGUGGUGGAGAGAGACGACGGCAAAAUAUAUCUUGGAUCUGUAGAGUUAUCGUAUGUCGGUAUCGUUAGCACGUAGAAGUUUAGUAAGGUUUAAGAUAUUGUGCUUGUUCUUUUUUAGUGUGCUGCAGUAGCAAUUGUGUUUUUUUGUCUUUAAUUAAUUGAUUAAUAAUAAAAUGCUACGAUUGUUUGAAUUAUGAUUUGUCCAAUCGGAUCGGAAUUUAAAUGUUCGAUCAUGUUGGCGGGCUUAUGAGAAGCCUGCCGAUCGCGACGCCCAGCCACCUGCGGAAAGGCACCAAUCCUAGGCGCGCGGCUCGCUAAACCCUGAACCCAAACUGUCAUCUACGAUCCCUGAUCACCCGAGACAGUAACAGCCUACAACAUGCAUUCCUUGGAGGGGGCAUGGUUAAUGGCUAAUGGCCUAAGGCUCAAGCUAGGUUUC